AGUAUCAAAGUGAAUUCAGUCGCUUGAGAACGUUUGUAAUUAUAACAUUCUAGAGUCGAAUAAAUUUGUUUCUGGGACAGCUAAUUGCAUAAUAAUAAUAAUAAGUUCAAUAGUGCGCUAUGUAUUUAUUAAGACACUCUUUUGAAUAAGUUUAGUUUUGUAAUUUAAUCUUACGGUCGUGGAAGCAGCCAUUUUCGUGCUACAAUAAACUCAUGCGAAGUAGAGAACACUUUUAGUAUUUUAUCCGUGGCGUGUGUUAUAUGUUAGUUAUCAGUGAGGGGACAUAACAUAUUUUUAGUGUUGAUUUGUAACUUACUUGUAACAAAUAAAUAAUAAAAACAAAAUGUCUUUCUCAAAACAAGACGUGGAUUUAUCUUCCUCCGACAACCAAACCAAGGUCGAAGAAAGCACCGCCAAUCAACAUAAUGACUCCGGCUUUUUAUCCGGCAAUUUAGUAUCAUCUGAUGAUAUUUGUGAUUCUUCUAUCGAACAAUCCAACCAGAUGAGACUGGACAGUGGGAUAAUCGAUGAUAUCAGGCUUGGGGAGACCUUUUCGAAUUUGAGUCUUAAGGGUGCUAGUACAGAUUUAAAUGAUUUUGACAAAUUAAAAUGCAGAGAUUCCGAAACUAAAUCAUCAGUUCAGGAGCCAUCUGUCAUUGUGACAGAUGAGGAAAAAGCACCCUGGGAGAUAUACUACCAACAGGAUGAAGAUGGCAACACGCAAUUGCAUUUGUCAAUAUUGGCUCGUAUGACAGAGGCGUGCAAAGCAGUGAUUGCAAUGGCUCCUCAUCCCUGUUUGCUGGAUAUCAGAAAUGACAGUGUCAGGGCUCCAUUACAUUACGCAAUAAUCUUCAGGCAAGCUGAAAUCGUCAGGUUGCUCCUGAUCGCUGGAGCGGAUGUGACAGUACAAGAUAGAUACGGAAAUACCCCAUUACAUCUGGCUACACGUCUAGGGUAUAUGGAUUGUGUGCAAGCCAUAACAUCACCAAUCCAGGAAACAGAAUGGGAGCAAGCUCAGCAGCUUUUCUUUGAAAGUGGACACCGUCAUCCAGACACUUGCCCGCCAAAAUGCCCGCUUUUGCCGCCAGAUUUCGAACAAUGGAACUACGACGGCGAAGUCUGUAUACAUAUGGCUGCUAAGGAUAGGCAUUUUGAUAUCAUUCGUCACCUGGUUUGGUAUGGAGCUGACAUUAAUGCAAGGGAAGGAAAAUCUGGAUGUACGAUUCUCCAUCAAGCAGUAAAAAAUAAUGAUAGACCAUUUGUAGCUUUCUUAUUAAACGAAUGCCCUAAAUUAGAGCUUGAGACUGAAACAUAUGCAGGAAGAACAGCCUACCAGCUUGCUACAGAUAAGGAAAUUAUGUCAAUGCUAGAAAGUAAAGGAGCUAUACCACUAGAACAUUCAGAUGAUGAAUUUUCAGAUUCAGAUGACCAGGAGAUGUCGAGUAGUAGUACACAAAAAUUAUACAACAACCAUAAUUUUCAAACGAAUGCAAUCAACGUAGCAUAAUUUCGAUCCUUAAGAAUUUAGGAAAUAAAUAUAAAAUUACAUAUUAUAAUUUAUAAGAUUUAAGAGAAACUGUACAAAAUUGGAGUAUACAGAAUAUAUAUGUCGAUAUAUAUUCAAAUAUCUCCAGUAAUAAUAAGACAUAGACUGAUAAUAAAAAUAUUGUGAAUAUUGAAAAUGUGGAUUCGGAAAUGAAUAAUUAACUGAUAGAGGAUAUUUCAUAAAAUCAAUUGAUCUAUAUCUUCAAAUGAAAUGAAAUACAAAUUCACAUGUGCAAUGGAUCAAUAUUUUUAUCUUAGGUUCUAAUAUCCUAAAAAUAACUGUUAUAGUUUUUAAAUAAUUUCUGCUACUAUUGCUGUGUCUAUUCUUGCAUAUGCAUGCAUGUAUAUUUUAAUCAUUUAAAAUAGAUAGAAAAAUUAUAUUUGUAAUAUAGAUUUAGGAAUUCCAAAAGUUAAAAAUUAAGCUUUAUGGCUAUUAACACGAAAAAGAUGAAUAACAAACAUAAUGUGCCUUA